AUUUGAUAUAAAUAAUUUAAUAUACUUUUCUAGAUGAAAUUCAUUAUGUUUUCCAAGCUAAUUGGAUCACAUUUUGAGUCUCUAGAGUAUAUGAGGUAACAGGAUUAUGAUGUGGAGGGAAGAAUUGGAAUCGAACUUGAAUGUCGAUAUUGAUUAACCUCCUCUUACAUAUACCUGUUUGCCUAGACAUAUUCUAUUAUAAGCUCACAUUUUACAUUCUAUUAUUUUUAGGAAUGUUUAACAGAAGACCUGAAAGCAGAAAUUCACAAAUUACAAUUUUACUCUAAAAAGUGUCAACUGGCUAUGAAGUACUAGAGGUAUAAACAGAACAACGAAAGAUAAUACCAAAGCCUUAAACAUAGACAAUUCCACCACCUAUAAAAAAAGAAAACACUACAACAACAAACAUUACUUAAGAAACUACACAAAGCAAGGUAAUAUUUGGACCUCAACCUUUUAGAAAGAUUGGUUUUUAUAGAAUUGGGAAGCUAUCAUUCCAGCUCCAGCUCGUUGGUUCUAGAUUGAUUCAAUUCAUUAAAUUGAAAAGGAUUCCCUCCCAGAAUUUUUCCAUUAACAUUUUCAUAAUGACAUUUCUUAUUAUAAAGGUAACUAUAAGACUCCACUUACUUAUCUUAAAAUAAGAAAUGCAAUCUUAUAAAAAUGGAUCAACACUCAAACUAAAUAUCUUAAAUUUACUGAUUGUCUCAGUUUUAUUAGUGGAGAUGCUUCCUCUUUAUUAAGAGUGUAUACAUUCUUAGAACAUUGGGGAUUAAUCAAUUUCUAAUACAAUCCUAAUAAUCUUCCAAAUUAAGGAUAAGUUUAUUAAUAAAAUGGUACUUUCUUAGAAAGAGUUAAGCUUAAUUUCCAAAGCAAUUAAAUCAAUUUCCAUAGUGAUCCUCAUUAUGAGUAAUUUAUUAUUUUUAUUUAUAUAGAUGUCAUAUUUGUGACAAAAAGGCUUAUCCAUUUCAUUAAUAAAAGAAAGAAAAUUUGGCAUCAUUUUAAUUAUAACCAUUAUUAUUAUGCAAUAAUUGUUUUCUUGAUAAAAAAUAUCCUAAAUUUUUAAAAAAUGAAGAUUUCUGUAAAUAUUUAUAAUUAUCAUAUUAGAAUAAUUCUAAUAAACUUAAAAAUAUGCACCAUGGACUUAAGAUGAAAUACAUCGAUUAUUAGAAUUGGUAUAUAAACAUAAAGAAAAAUGGAAUGAAAUUGCAAAAUACUUUGCUAAAAGAUCUUUAAUUGAAAUUGUUAAAAUGUAUCUUCAACUUCCUUAUUCCAAUAUCUUUCCAUCCUUAGAUAAGGAAUCUUCCAUUCCUAAAAAACCUUAAAAAGUAAACUAUAUUUAAUAAUACAUAGGAACAAAUUACAUUUCAUAAUGAUGUUAGUAAUCCUAUUCAAUUGGGAGUUGCUUGUUUCAAAUCUCAAUUAGAUAAAUUGAAAUUACCCAUUAUAGAAGUUACUUAAUCUUAAGAACAUGAAAAAAUGGAUGAAAAUUUAAAGCAAAUGAUCUCAGUCUAAAUGGAUAAGAUAGAAGAACAAUUAUUAUAUCUUGAAACUUAUGAACAAUUAAUCAAUCAAGAAAAAUAAUGUGUUUAAACUAUUCAAAAAAAGAAUCUAUAGAUGCAAGUUUAGGUGUAGACUAAUAAUAUUGUAAGUGACAAUAUGAUGUUUUUAUGAAAACAAUCAAUUUAUAAUAAGCGU